GUUGUCGCCUUUACAGUGUGACAGCCAGCAGGGAGAAAGAAACACUUGCUGUCUCUCCAGGCGCGCAAGGACGGCGCGCAAGGACGGGGAUUUCUCAUUUGCUUCUGCAUUUUUAUGCUCAACACCGACAGACUGAGAGCUGACAGUCAUGGGAGCUUCUCUUAGCUUGACACAAUGCUUGUGUCGGAAUUCCAUAGUGACCAGGAUCAUUUACGCUUGGAUCCUGUUGCUGGGGACCGUCGUGUCCUGCAUCAUGCUGUCACCAGGGGCCGAGAAACUUCUUCGACGAAUCCCAGGCUUCUGUGCAGAUGGGGCGGGCUCUCCUCUGCCUGGCAUCCAAGCUGAUUUCAACUGUGACAAUUUUUUGGGGUACAAGGCAGUCUACCGUGUCUGCUUUGGAAUGAGUAUGUGGUUCAUUUGGUUUUCCAUUCUUUUCGUUAACGUCAAGAACACCAGAGACCCGCGUGCUGCCGUCCACAACGGAUUUUGGUUCUUUAAGAUUCUUGGCCUGAUCCUAGUUAUGGCCGGUUCCCUUUACAUUCCAGAUGGUAAAUUUACGUACGCUUGGUUUAUUGUGGGCUCUGGUGGUGGAUUCUUCUUCAUUGUGAUCCAGGUGGUGCUGCUGGUUGACUUUGCCCACUCCUGGAAUGAGUCCUGGAUGGACAAAAUGGAGAAAAGCAACUCCAAAGUUUGGUAUGCAGCUUUGGUGUUGGUCACCAUCCUCAACUACCUUCUGUCAUUCGUUGGCGUUGUCCUCUUCUACAUCUUCUACACUAAACCCGAUGGCUGCGCCAUCAACAAGUUCUUCAUUACCUUCAACAUGUUGCUCUGCUUUGGGGCCUCUGUCAUCUCUGUGCUGCGGAAAGUACAGGAGUGUCAGCCUCACUCUGGUCUUCUCCAGUCCUCCAUCAUCACCAUGUACACCGUCUUUCUAACCUGGUCUGCCAUGAGCAACGAACCAGACCAGUCAUGUAACCCAAGCCUGAUCAGUAUCGUUCAACAGAUAACAGCGCCCACAAUGGCUUCUCUCCAGAUUGAAAACACCACUGGCGUGGUGGUGAUUGAAGGCACGGAGGAACCCGUCCCCUCGACGCCUUACCUGCAGUGGUGGGAUGCGCAGAGCAUUGCGGGCCUGGCUUUAUUUGUCGUAUGCAUCAUCUACUCCAGCCUUCGCUCAUCCAGCGCCAGCCAGAUGAGCAAACUGACCAUGGCCUCCAAAGACUCGGACAUCCUGGCCGAGCGUGGCAGUCGGGAAUCGUUGGAGAAGGAGAGACAGACGGAGGACAGCGAACGAGACCUGGUCCAUUACAGCUAUUCCUUUUUUCAUUUCAUGCUCUUCCUUGCGUCGCUUUACAUCAUGAUGACCCUCACAAACUGGUACAGUCCAAACGCAGACUACACAGUCACCAGAAAGUGGCCAACGGUGUGGGUGAAGAUCAUCUCCAGCUGGUUGUGUUUGGCCCUAUACGCCUGGACCUUGGUGGCUCCCAUAAUCCUCAGCAACAGAGACUUUGAGUGAUUUCCAGCGUGGACCUUCCUUUGAGCGAGGGAGGGAGCGAGGGAGGGCGGGAG